AUGUACUUCUCUGAUUGGAUUUGGUCUCUUCUUAUUUCGACUGCAGUUUGUUCGCAUUGUUCCGAUUUUAAUAUUCGAGGAAUAACUGAUAAAAGAUGGGAAAUACUUCGCGAUUUAUUCUGUGAUAAUUUCCUACAAGAAAGGGAUUUAGGUGCAUCGAUUGCAGUUUAUCAUCAAGGCAAAUUGGUUGUUGAUUUAUCGGGUGGAUGGUUUGCUGAAUCACGAAAUCAAUUCUACGACAAUGAUACGUUACAGCUCGUCUUCUCAACAUCAAAAGGUCUAGUGGCUACAGUUGUUGCUCUUUAUGUACAACGAGGCCUCCUUGACUAUUCAGAGUUCGUUACGAAAUAUUGGCCAGAAUAUGGACAACACGGAAAGAAAAAUACUAUGGUGACAGAUAUUCUUUCUCACGGUUCUGGAUUGCCGGAUGAUUGGUCAAUAGACGAGCGAUAUCUUAAUUGGACAACGAUGAUACAUAUACUAGAGCAACAAACACCGAUAUGGCCUCCAGGAACAGUUCAUAGUUAUCAACCUUAUACAUAUGGUUCGUUAGCUGGGGAAGUUGUGCGGCGCGUUGAUCCCCAAAAGAGAACUUUCGGUCAAAUCGUUCACGAUGAAAUAGCAAAUAAAAUAGAUAUUGAAUUUUAUGUUGGCCUACCGUCAGAACAGCAAUAUCGUGUAUCACAACACGUUCUUGAUCUAAAUGUAAAAAUCAUACUGACUGGACCCAUGCUAACACCGUUUAACUUUCUCAACGAACCUCGGACACAUCGAGCAGAAAUAUCAGCUGUAAAUGGAAUCACCAAUGCUCGAUCACUUGCAAAACUCUACGCAUCACUCAUCAUUGAUAUCGAUAACGGAAAACACAAACGAUUAAUCGACGAAGAAAUUAUACAAAAAGCGACGAAACCAAAUACACCACAGAAUGAGGUCGAAUCCAAUACAUCUUCUAUUCCGUUUGGCAUGGGUUUCAUGCUUUUUGAUGAAGUUUUUACAUCACUAGCUCUGGGAACAUUUGAUCAUUAUGGUAAUGCUCGACUUCAAUCUUACUUCGUAUUCACAUGUCCAUUAUAG